AAUAUCUGCAAUAAUAAUCGCUGCGGUUGUGUUGUUGUCCUGUGCCUGUCCGGACUUCCGCGCGUUCGCUCCCCAGAUGCUUGGCUAGAUUCCCAGCCGGCCUUCCCAACCAUCCAUUCAUCGAGUUUCCCAUCUUCUCGCUUUUCACUUCUUUUACUUUCUACCACUCCCUCUACCAUUGCUGGACUAUUGGAGUUUUCAACACAGGGAGCAGUCAGCUCCUACGUAUUAAUGGAAAUGCUUUCAGAAAAGUACAUCGGCCUAAUAUUAGCCAUUUUAUCAACAAUGGCUAUAGGCACCAGCUUUGUUAUCACGAAGAAGGGUUUAAUGCAAGCCAGCGAACGACAUGGAUUUGAAGGCGAAGGGUUUUCAUAUCUAAAGAGCCCUGUCUGGUGGGGUGGUGUCAUCACACUGGCCAUUGGAGAAGUCGCAAACUUCGCCGCUUAUGCAUUCGCCCCGGCGAUUCUUGUCACACCGUUGGGCGCUCUGAGUGUUUUAAUCGGGGCCGUCCUCGGGUCGUAUUUCCUCCAGGAGAGGUUGGGUAUAUUAGGCAAGAUGGGUUGCGCAAUGUGUUUGCUUGGAUCAGUCGUGAUCGUUCUCCAUGCACCUCCGGACAAACCUGUCGAGAGAAUUGACGAGAUCCUUCACUAUGCUCUUCAGCCAGGAUUCCUUUCCUAUUGCCUUGCGGUGGCCAUCUUCUCGACCGUCAUGAUCUACCGGAUAGGACCGUUAUACGGAAAGAAGAACCCGCUCAUUUACAUUUCGAUCUGCUCGACUGUUGGCUCUGUCUCGGUCAUGUCUGUCAAGGCUUUUGGUAUUGCUUUGAAGCUCACAUUGGGAGGCCACAACCAGUUCACUCAACCCUCGACCUAUGUUUUUGCCAUUGUCACUGGGUUCUGCAUUUUGACGCAGAUGAACUAUUUCAACAAGGCAUUGAACCAGUUCUCUACUUCGAUCGUCAACCCUCUGUACUAUGUAACGUUUACUACCGCUACACUGUGCGCCUCAUUUAUCCUAUUCAAGGGCUUUAACACUACAGAUGCCGUGAACACCAUCUCUCUGCUCUGUGGAUUCCUAAUCAUCUUUUCCGGCGUCUACCUUCUGAACCUUUCGCGGCACGAUCCUGACGGACGGCAGUUGCUUAACAAGGUCGAUGAUGAAGCCGUGCCCACCGAUGCAAUCGCAAGUUACCAGACCCGCCGCUCCAUGCAAUCCCGCCGCAGCAACGAACCUCAUCGUCGCAGUUCGUCCAGCCUCGCCGCCUUUGUGAAUGGCCAUGGGGACCGAGAAGGUCUCAUCAGCUCGUACGAUGUCGAGAAUCAGGCCUAUAAUUUGGCCGACUUGGCCGAGGAGAGUGACGGGGAGCCAGGCCCGACCUACAAGCAAAGUCAGAAUGCUGGACGGUCAGGCAAAUUGGCCCAGAGCUAGUCACGAUACGAAUUUUCUUUUAUCGUUGUUUCCUAUGAUUCAUCACCUCUAUCUUUCCGCCUUACGAUAAAAUCCAGUUUAUUGAUGCUUCCUCCCGCUUUUCCUUCGGGGUAUUCCGUUUGUUGUUUUUCACCCUUUCGCAUUUGACUUUUUUUUUUUUUUUUU